UCCCGUGACUCAGCCUUCUCGCGCGUUCUGGAUUCUACGCGCACCAAACUGUCACGGGGUUUGUGCUCUGGCCGCUGGACUCCGGGACCCGGAAUAGGCCUUCGAGAUUUUCUUCGAGAAGUGGGUAGGAGACCAGACAGGCCCGGUCUUCACAUCUCUUCUCUCCUCUCCUCACACACCAGCAAUGUCGAGCAGAAUCACGAGACAGAUCGCGCAUCUUAAAAAGAUCGCGCUGGGGAAAGCAGCGGUGGAAGUCCCGAAGAUGACCUCGCUCUCGCUCGAGUUCAAGAUCCGCAACAGCCACGGCCAUAUGGGUGCUCGCAAGUUCUGGAAAGAGCACCUCCCCUCGCUGCAGUUCCAUAACCCGGAAGUGCCAAUGACGGUCAAGCUGAUCCCCGAACCCGCAUCCGAGAAAGAAGCCAUGCGGGCACCCUCCGUUCUCCGGGCCGAGUUCUCCAACCGCGCACCCGUCGUCAUCGACAUGAAGAACCGACAAUCUGAAGAGAUCCUCGCAGAGUUCAUCGAGGCAAGCCAAUCUAAGCCGGUCAAGCUGCAGACUUUCCCCGUCGGCGAAUUCGCUAAAAUCAAGCUCAACAAGAUCCGCUAAAGACAUACAGUAACCUUAGAUUUUGCCUUGCUGAAAAAGAAUAUUGUUGAAUUUGGCGUUUGUUUUCUUUUUGGGUUCUCUUGCAGUUAUGAGUUUUCACCAUCGAGAUAUAGUCUCGACUUGUAUAUAGUUUGACGGAGCUAUAGUGGAAGAAAGUACAUACAAUAAUACUAAACAUAUA